ACAGUAACGGUCAUCAGUUGCCGUGGAUCGAAGAACAACGCUGAGAACGCAGUGUACAACAACCGACGUCCAGUCCAACAGAAUCCAACAGAUACCCAAACGAUGGCAGCUAAACUGUACUGCACCGUUCUCGUGGCCGUGUGCGCGAUGUCCGCCGGUCUGGCGUUCCCGUACGGCAGCGAUGUCGAAGCGCUGCAGCCGUCCUACGAGCAGCAGCAGCAGCAGCAGCAGCACUACGGAGGCGAACAACACGUGCAGGAGGAACAGCAACACGAGCCCCGGUCGUAUCACUUCCAGUACGCGGUGCACGACGACGUCACCGGCGACGUGAAGAGCCAGAACGAGGUGAGCGACGGCCGCGGCACGGUCAGGGGCACGUACAGCCUGCUGGAGGCGGACGGUUCGACGCGCGUGGUCGAGUACACCGCGGACGACGAGCACGGGUACCGCGCCGAGGUGAAGAAGAUCCAGCCGCUGCACAAGCACGUCGCCGCACCCGCCGCCCAGCCAGAGUACAAGUUCGACUAUCCCGAGCACCAAAAGGACGCGGAACACGUUCACUACUACCCCGGCGAGACGUUCGCGGCCACGCACUAAGGGUGACCAUACCACCAUCAUCUCAUUACCGUGACCACCACGCCUCCCACGACCCACCCCGUUAACGGGUCCGGCGGUGAGCUCCACGGGCGCGCGUGUCGAUAUUGUUAUUGUUAUUGUUUUUUUUUUUUUUUUAUACACUAGUUGUUAUACCCAUUUUUAAAAUAAUGUUUUGAUAACGUGCCAAUAAACCGUACUGUUACGAACUACACAUUA